AUGAUUUCAAACGGAGAAGACGAUGCUAUAAGACGGUCUUCAAAAUACCAAGGCCAACCGCUUAACCCACCUUCGACCGAACCGGCGUUGGCCCUUCACAAUCCGGACCGGGGUUUCUCUCACUAUCUCUCUCUCCGGUCCUCUUGUGCUCUCUCUGAUUUUUCCAUGGUUGUGGUGGCGGCUAGUAGUGUUCCGAUGAAUCUUGAAUCUUUGGUUAACGAAAACGGAGAAGAAACGAUGGCUCCUCCUGCGAAAAAGCAACGAUUUUGCGACGAGAUGAACAGAGUGGCGGAGAUUGUGCUGGUUUUGUCGGCGUUGGGGAGGAUGCGAGGAGGGAAAAACCCGUCGGAGUUGGAAUUCGAGCUGAUGGUUGAAGCUAGGUCGAAAUCUAAUAUAUUAUUUGCGAAGUGA